GACUCUAUUUCUCCACAGUUCGAAUUUGUCCUCUCUUCUUCGAUCCUUUUCCAUCAUGAAUUUGUUUCCUUUUCAUAAAGUUUCAAUCUUUCUCUCUUGAUUCUUCAAGCACUCUGAAAAUGUCACUUUUCAUGGACGUCGGCAAGUCUCUGUUUUUCUGGGUAUUCCUCUUUUCCCUUUUCCGUUUCUCUUUUUCUUUCACUCCGGCGGAAAAUUACCUCCUCAGUUGUGGAUCCACCAUCAAUGCUUCUCUCUUAGACCGAGUUUUCAUCGGUGAUUCGAGUAAGCUCGCUUCGGGUUUUCUCUCCGGGGACCGAUCUGUUUCGCUUACUGACCAGAACCCAUCUCCGGAUUCACCCACUUUGUACCGGACGGCGAGGGUUUUCACCGGUGAGUCGAGAUAUAAGUUUGACAUCAAGAGAAACGGCACCCACUUGGUACGUUUCCAUUUCUCGCCAUUUUCAGCUCAGAAUUAUAAGCUAGAAUCUGGCAAGUUUGAUGUUUCUGUCAAUGGGUUCUUGGUAUUGAGUGGUUUUAGCACCAACGCUGUGGUGAUUAAAGAGUAUGUGAUGAAUUUAGACCUUGGAGAGCUUAACAUUGUUUUCUGUCCUGUGGAGGAAUCUGGUUUUGGGUUUGUUAAUGCAAUAGAAGUUUUCUCAGCUCCUAAAGAUUUUAUCAUUGAUGAGGGAGUUUUGUUGGUGAGUGCUCAUGGAAAUGAGGAGUACAAUAAUCUUUCAUCACAGGUUUUAGAGACCGUUCGAAGAAUCAAUGUUGGGGGUUCAAAAUUGACCCCUGUCAAUGAUACUUUGUGGAGAACUUGGAUACCGGAUGAUGAUUUUCUUGUCUUGAAACCGGCUGCAAAGCGUGCAGUCUCCACUCAGGUGCCAAAUUACCUGAGUGGUGGUGCAACGCGCGAAAUUGCACCGGAUAAUGUUUAUAUGACUGCACAGCAGAUGAACAGGGAUAAUAUGCCAGUGAAUUCAAGGUUUAAUAUCACUUGGCAGUUUCCAGUGGGUUCAAAAGGUGCUCGACACUUGGUUCGGUUGCAUUUUUGUGAUAUUGUUAGUCCUGCAAUUGGUCAGCUGUACUUCGAUGUGUAUAUCAAUCAGUACUCAGCUUACAGGGAUCUUGAUUUGUCAUCACUUACAUUCCAUGUUCUUUCAGCCCCGGUAUUCAUAGAUUUUGUUGCGGAUUCAGAUGAUUCAGGGUUUAUGGGUAUAAGUGUUGGACCUUCAUCUUUGAGCUCUCCUAUGAAAGUUAAUGCUAUUUUAAAUGGGGUAGAGAUAAUGAAGAUGGUAAAUCCUCAAGUUUCAAAUGCUGUGUCUAAGAAGAAAAAUGUCUGGAUUGUGGUGGGUUCAGUUCUUGGAGGCUUUAUUGUCUUAUGCUUGGCUGCUGCUGCUGCUGCUGUUCUGCUAGCACUGAGAUGCAAGAAGGAGAAACGAAAACCAGGGCCUGCAGAAAGCAUUGGUUGGACAGCUUUACGUGUGUAUGGGGGCAGUUCACAUAGCAGAACGACUGAAGGGACAGUUCAUACAUCUACAGGUCCAAAUGGAUAUCACAGCUUGAGGAUCCCUUUUACUGACAUACAGUCAGGAACGAACAAUUUUGACAAGGCUUUGAUUAUUGGCAUGGGUGGAUUUGGUAUGGUUUACAAAGGAGUUCUCAGAGACAAUACUAAGGUUGCUGUAAAAAGAGGUAUCCCAGGAUCAAGGCAGGGCCUUCCAGAAUUUCAAACUGAGAUAACUGUCCUGUCAAAGAUUCGUCAUCGACAUCUUGUUUCGCUUGUUGGGUAUUGUGAAGAACAGUCAGAGAUGAUACUGGUUUAUGAGUACAUGGAAAAAGGGCCAUUGAAAAGUCAUUUAUACGGUUCAAAAUAUCCUCCAUUGUCAUGGAAGCAGAGGCUGGAAAUAUGCAUUGGUGCAGCAAGGGGUCUGCACUACCUUCAUACUGGCUCAGCACAAGGUAUUAUCCAUCGUGACAUUAAAUCUACCAAUAUCUUGCUCGAUGAGAAUUAUGGGGCCAAAGUAGCUGAUUUUGGUCUUUCAAGAUCUGGCCCACGACUUGAUGAGACCCAUGUAAGCACUGGUGUCAAAGGUAGCUUUGGGUAUCUUGAUCCUGAGUAUUUCCGGAGGCAGCAGCUUACAGAUAAAUCGGAUGUUUAUUCAUUUGCGGUUGUUCUUUUAGAGGUUCUCUGUGCCAGACCUGCUGUUGAUCCAUUGCUUGCCAGAGAACAGGUGAAUUUAGCAGAAUGGGCAAUGCAAUGGCAAAAGAAGGGUAUGCUAGAGAAAAUUAUUGACCCCCAUCUUGUUGGGCAAAUAAACCCAAGCUCUUUGAAGAAAUUUGGGGAAACAGCUGAGAAAUGUUUAGCUGACUAUGGUGUUGACAGGCCAUCUAUGGGUGAUGUCUUAUGGAACUUGGAGUAUACACUUCAGCUUCAAGAAUCAGGGCAACAAGAAUCACAUUUAGACAAUGAUACAAAUGGGACAGAGCAUGCUACCCCUGGCAUCACGCCAUCUACCAGUCAUAGGAUAGGGAAUCUUGCUCGUAGUGAUAGCUCAGACAUGACUAGUAGCCAAGUGUUUUCACAGUUGAUGACCAAUGAAGGCAGAUAGUUCUUGGACUCAUGAUACCAACAUUUGGUACUGUGUGGGUGCCUUCAAGGACACUUUUUCUCCAAACUUAUGCUGGCAACUUAAUUUGAGGUGCUAAUAUUCCCUCGGUUUAUUUUAUUUAUAUUUGUACCUUACCUGUAUUUAUCCCCCACGUGUUGUAUCCAUAUGGAAAAUAAUAUGCGUUCUCUAAAGGUAGUAAUAUUCCCUCAGUUACCUAAAUGUGUUGUAAUCUUAUAGCUAUAUUUUCACCGCUUGCUACCACUAUAUGGUUACCUUUUCAAUUGUAACAGUUACUGUUGAAUAUCUAUAGCAU